AUGGGUAAGAGUCACGGAUACAGAAGCAGAACCCGAUACAUGUUCUCUCGGGACUUCAAGAAGAACGGAACUAUCCCCAUGUCCGUCUACUUGAAGACCUACAAGGUUGGAGACAUUGUUGACAUCCGAGCCAACGGUUCCAUCCAGAAGGGUAUGCCCCACAAGUUCUACCACGGCCGAACUGGAAUCGUCUACAACGUGACCAAGUCCGCUGUUGGCGUCAUCAUCAACAAGGUUGUUGGCAACCGAUUCAUGGAGAAGCGAAUCAACCUCCGAAUCGAGCACAUCAAGCACUCCAAGUGCCGACAGGAGUUCCUUGACCGAGUCAAGGCCAACGAUCUCAAGCGAAAGGAGGCCAAGGCCAAGAACGAGAUUGUCCAGCUCCGACGACAGCCCGGCGCCACCCGAGAGGCCAAGACCCUUGCCAUCGACGAGACCAACUACCCUCUCACCGUUGCUCCUCUUGCUUACGAGACUUUCAUCUAA